GAGAAGGUGAUUUGGUAUUGUCGAAUCCCCCGACGCUAUAAUGCAGCAACAUCGAGUAGAACCGCAAAUACUUCACGAGGACCAAAUCCUCGAAGCGAUCGAUCAGCUUAGACGCCGUAAAGCACGUCCGGAUGCGGAUCGUAUAUGCAAUUAUCUACUUAGAAAAUUUUCAGUAGACGCGCGUGACACGAUUGCGGAUUUGCAUCGUUUGAUAGAGGCCGAAAAGGUAAUCCAGGUGGACUACAAGGGCAACACGAGUUACAGAAAUGCCUCGAAGUGGUCACGCCUUCAAUUGUACAAAAAUCGUCCGGAGGGCUUUGUCAAAGAGAAAUUAAAUUCGUCGAUGAUAGCGGGGGCGGUAGCGGAGCUGGUGGUCGAAGAGCCUGAUUAUUUGGAUCAGGGUGUACCGGCUUAUAGGCUCGUAGAGCAGCUAUUGGACGGAGUUUCGAACCCAACCUCUCGACGAAUGGUCGAAGAUUUUUUAAGCAAAGAAGUUGCGAGCGGUAACAUUGCGAGAUUGGCGAACGGUAAUUAUUCGCUGGUCGCUACGACGGAUAUAACGACGACGAGCUCGACGAGCGUGGUCGAAACUAACGCUGCGACGAGCACCGCGGAUACUACGAGCUCCCCAAUAUCGAUGAGUAACAGCAACAACGCGGCAUUCUCGACAUCGGCGCACCAACAAAACAAUAAUCACCACAGUAAUAAUAACAACAAUAAUAAUCACCAAAGUAAUAACUACAAUAAUAUUAAUAAUAACAAUAAUAAUAUUGGAGAACGAGAAGAAGAAAGGACGAGGGAUUCUGGGAACAAUAGGUGUUCCGAGAAUGGUAACUCAGGUAAAUCGUCGUACAGUGUCGCGACUACUCAGAUUAUCGUUGCAACACCAUCGUUAACAACAACAACAACCACGAUUCCUAUUGCAACAUCCAUUCGAUCUCAAGUAACAAACUCUACAACGAGCUCCACAAGGAGGAAAUCAAAGAGUCCCGAACUAUCACGGAGAUUCUACGAUUUUGAGGAUAACGAGGACGAAGUUAUGGUUACGGAUUCACGCUCGAACACACCACGCUCUUCUCAGGGCAACUCGAGCCCUGCCAGACAACUUAUCAACGACGACGACAACAACGUCAAUGAUAACGGUCGAAGUAAAAAUGUGAACAAGGAGGAAUGUUACGAGAUUACGAUUAUUGGCAAGGAGCCCGAUUCACCGGAGGAAUCGGUCACGAAAGACGAUCUUGAAACACGCGAAGAAAACUCUAUCAAUUCUAACAACGAUACGAGAAUCAAAAAACAAGAUACCAAACAAACCAAAGACCCUAAUCAUUCUAACCUCAAAAAAACAUCCAAAUCUGAACGAAAACAGAGACUACUCGUUCGAUCUGAAGACCCCAUGGACAUUGAGAUCAAAUUCGAAGACUUCAGACGUGAGAGCAAAGACGACAGAGAUAAACAACAGCAAAGAGAUCUUGACAAUGGACAACACAGCGACGAACGAGAUGAUGAUGAUUAUGCUGGCCGAAGUUCUACCAAUCCCUCUCCCACACCAUCCAAUACCACCGUCGCUGCCUUUCGCAGUGCACGCAGGAAGAGAGCCAAGAAAGUGUUCGAUCCAUCCGACAAUAAUGUGGUGAAAAGGAAACGUGGACGGCCUGUAUCGCAACAUAAGAUUCAGGCAUCUCAGGAGUCACAAGAUUCCAACAAAUCUAUAGCAAAAGAAGGUCCGAACAGACAAUGCAGCCUUUGCGCUAAAGAGAAAUCCGAAAGUCUCGUCGCUUGUCGCGAUUGUACCGUGAGAGCUCAUCCGACUUGUAUCUAUCCGCCAGACGAACUGCUACAAAAAUCUGGAAGUAGUUGGCAAUGCGAGCGUUGCAAGAGCUGCACGGUGUGCUGUGAAACUUCGGAUGUUGGUCCUCUAAUAACGUGUAACGCCUGCGACGAAGCGUACCAUUAUUCGUGUCACGUGCCUCGCAUACCUUCAGCAAAAUCGAAUUCGAAGUGGCAAUGCAACGACUGUACGCAGAAGAAUUACAAGGGUAACGUCGUACACAACUCGAAUAUAUCAGUGAGUCGUCCAGAAACACCGUCGAAUCCACCGGUGUUGCCGCCUGUCCUGAGUCCUCAAGUGUCGCCAAAUCGAGCGUCGUCGGAACAAAUGGAUGACGAACCGGGAACGACCGACGGAAUUGAUCCGAAUAUACCCGAUGCGUCGGAUUGGACGUCCGAGCAAGUUUAUCAAUAUUUUGCGAGACUCUUUCCGAAAGAAGCGGAAGUUUUCAGAGUCCAGGACAUCGACGGACAUUCGCUUUUGCUGAUGAAACGGUCGGACGUGUUAAGCGGUUUGGAUUUACUUCUUGGUCCAGCUCUAAAAAUUUAUCGACACGUUUUGAAACUUCAAAUGCGUCGGGACGAUCCCAGACUCUACUGGCUGUAAAAACCAAACGAAAUAAUUUGUUUCGUUUUCAUUUCUUCCGAAACAGACUAUGUAAAUAACGCAAUUCGCGACACGUAAAAUCAUUUUGACACAAUGCAUCGUUUUUUUGAGUAUGAAUAGUGAAGGAAAAAAGACAGCGGUACUCUGUUGAUAAUCGUUUUGCUCGUUUCUUUGAAAAGAGGCGAUGCGCUUUAAUUGUAAGAAGAAAUACUAUUUUCCAUUUAUGCCAUUAAGAAAAACAUCUGUAAAUUUCACGAAUCAUUAUAUCGUUCAUGAAUUGUUGUCGAGGAAUAAUGAAUAUUAUUAUUUUUAUGAAAACCGUCACAUGCUCAAUCAGCGACGUUGUUUCACUCGAUCAAAUUUGUCUCAUUGGCUCUCGAAGCAACACGCUCUUUUUGCUUCAGCUAUUUUUUUCUCCUCGUUUUUUCGAUUGAAAAAUUAUGUUUUUGUAACCGCUUUUCGGUAUGAAUCGUGCCUGAUAAAUAUUGCGAUUAGGUGAAAUGAAUGACGGCCAAUCGUGAAGUUGAAACACAACGAGAGAUGAAUCUUUUUAUUUGUCUAAAAUUCUACACCGUUUUGAAACUUAUGUAAUACACACUUCUACAUAUUAAUGCUUUCACGCUUUAUUAUUUAUUUUGUUUUUUACCAAACAAAAAACACGCGACUUUGGUUUUGAAGCGAGAAUAUCGAAAUUUCUUUUUUUUUUUUUUAAUUGUUUCCGCUAGUUUUCCGUUUUUCGUUUGUUGCUACACAUCGAUCGUUACAAAUAGCAAUUUCAGGGUAGCGGUGAACUCUGGUGAGUUUUGAGAAUUGCUAAAAUUUAGUGGGCUCAAUUCUACAAAUGAACCGAUUUGUCGAAUAAAGAUAAACGCGGAGCUUAACGAGUCUUUGUGUAUCCCAUCCAGUCAAAUAUUAAUAUAGCAAUGAAAAUUUAUAUAUUCAAAAAUUGUUAUUAAUAUUUAUUAUUAUCAAUGUUCGAUCGAGAUCGCAACGGUCGGAAUAAAAAGCCGUACGAAUAUUAAA